AUGAAUAAUGGAAUAGAUGUUGUUGGCCACAUGAAGUUGGUUAAUGGUCAGAGUAUCAUUGAGGCCCCCGUUCUUGACGAAGUGGAGAUAGCAAAGGCGAGGCGUCUUCUGAUUCAUAUCCAGUCACAUGAUGGACCUGUGAUGAAGCUCUACCUUUGGGACCAGGCUGCAAGAGACUUCUGCAAAAAGUUUAAGUCGUACGAAAACACACCCACCGUGUUACUGGUCACGACCGUUAGCACAAAGACUCUCGGAGGUACUCUUGCCUUGACCCCAAUGUCCUCCUCGCGUGUAUUUAUGGACUACGAUGUCCAACCUACCAUAGAUUACUUCGGCUGGUUGGGCUCUAAUCCAGCUAUUGUUGAGCAGGUUAAUGCAGAGGUGGUAACUAAACGUGAGACAAUGACUAUAGGGGAAAUAUUCUCCUACAUCAAGCGGGAAUCUGCAAAGGAUGCCUUUUUUGAGUGCACGGCUAUGAUCGAUGACGUCGUGCAUGGCUCUGCUUGGUACUACAUUGCAUGCAGUGGGUGCCAUACUAAGGUUACCAAAGGCCCAACUUCGUUGAUUUGUACAAACAACAAGUGUGGGAAAGUUAACGUAGAUGGUGUUGCGCAGUACCGUUCAAAGAUAUCUGUUUAUGACAACAAUGAGCAAGCUUUUUUUGUACUACUUGGUGAUGCUGGUCGUGAGUUGACUGGGAAGCCCGCAUCAGAAUUAGUUAGAAGCUAUUUUGAGGGUAAUGGAAACCAAGAAGGUAACCAUGAGGCGCCUGUCCCGGAAGCUCUAAUCAGCACAAUUGGCCAAAGACAUAAGUUUUGUGUCAAAGUGACAGAGCACAAUUUAUCAGGCAAGACCCGGUCCUUUACUGUGACCAAGAUCCUCCCUCUAGACACUCAACCAGCCAAAAUAUCCUCGGAAGGAAACCACACUACUGCGACUUCGGAGGAAACAUUCAAAAGUCGUAUGGAUUCUGCAGAGGAGAGUAAGAGGACUUGUGACAGUGAUGAGAUAGAGGAAGCUAAACACCAUAAGUGUCGGAACUAG